CUAGAUUAUAGCUUGUUUCGUUAUGACAAAUUAUUAGAAUUUGUAGUUUUAGAGAAAAUGGUGAAUGCUUGUAGAAGGAACAAACUGCCCAAGAGGGUACAUUAAGGACUUUCAAGUUUAUGAUCCACAUAGAGUGGGAAGAGUAACAGUUGAACUACAAGGGAGGGUUAAUGAUUGCAAGGCUCUCACUUACAGGCAAGACAUCAAAGCAAAGGAUAUUGAAGCUUACAGAUUACGCACACUUCCAACACGGCAGUGGGGUUACGUUGUGAUUACAACUCCAGAUGGCAUUUUGGAUCAUGAAGAGGCCAUCAGACGAAAUGCGGGAGGACAAGUGCUUGGUUACUUCCAUUAGAUCCCUGGUCUCUACGCGCAAAUUUGCAUGGGAUUCAGGAAAACGACGAGUUGUUUAUGCAUUGCUUUGGCCUCCUAGAUUGUGUUAUUUGUAAACUUUGAGUCAAGAUCUUUCUGAAUGUUUUGACUAUUUGGUGAACUUGAAUUCUGAAUCUCUGAUAUAUAACAUUUCCCUUUUUUUUUCUUAUCUUUUGGUUAUGUCCGGGAAUGAGAUCAUCAU